CUCACUGCGCAGGCGCGGCGGUCAGCGUGGUCCCCAUGGAGCCGCAGUAGCGGGGUUGGCGCCACCGCGAGCUGCGGACAUGAACGCGGCGGAGGCCGACCGCUGGGCGUGGCUGCUGGUGCUCAGCUUCGUGUUUGGGUGCAAUGUACUCAGGAUCCUCCUCCCGUCCUUCUCCUCCUUCAUGUCCCGGGUGCUGCAGAAGGAUGCAGAGCAGGAGUCCCAGAUGCGCGCAGAGAUCCAGGAUAUGAAGCAGGAGCUCUCCACCGUCAACAUGAUGGACGAGUUCGCCAGAUACGCCAGGCUGGAGCGGAAGAUCAACAAGAUGACGGAUAAGCUCAAAACUCACGUGAAAGCACGGACAGCGCAGCUGGCCAAGAUAAAGUGGGUGAUAAGUGUGGCUUUCUACAUUUUGCAAGCGGCGCUGAUGGUCUCGCUCAUCUGGAAGUAUUACUCUGUGCCGGUGGCGGUGGUGCCCAGGAAGUGGAUAACGCCGCUCGACCGCCUGGUGGCAUUUCCGACUAGAGUAGCAGUCAGAGCGAGACAUCCUGGAUGUCUGUCGAAGGAGUGCUGCUUAAAAAUGACAUAGAACCCGGCAGUCUCGAAUCUAGGCAGUUACUGUGAAGAAUGAGGUGGGUAAGCGAACUGGCGGCAAGAGAGAUGGCAGAACACUGGUCAGCGGAGAAGCCUGAAGAUGCCCUUCCCGCUCCCGCUCCCUCCCAGGCCCGCAGGAAGCCCGGCGCAGCCCUGGCCGCAGAGGACAGGCCUGUCGCAGGUACAGACCCUCGCAGGACCUCUGAACCCGCUCAGCAAGGCUGUCAUUUGCAAAUCUGGGGGCCUGUCCCAGGGAGGGAGGGGACAACGUUGGGUGUACAGAGUUGGAAAAUGAUCUCAGCGUGAAUACAUCCUGAAAUAAAAUUAUUCACUUACA